CUUCCGGCCCUCUCCUCACUCCUCCCGCAGCCCUCCGGCUCUCUCCUCGCCCACACCACUCUCGCUCGGUGUGUGGGGGCGAGAGAGAGAGAGAGAGAGGAGGGGAGGUAGCUGCUAGGCUGGCUGGGCGCGCCUAGAGCUUCCCUACAACUCGGUACUAGUACCAGGCUAGCUUCUGCAGGUAAGCCAGCCGGCCGGCCACACUUGCGCCUGCCUUCUUCCCGCGCGUCAGCCGCGGCGGAGGAGGGGACUCGGUGGCCGCGCGCCGCCAUGCAGCAGCAGCACCAGCACCAGGACGGGGGCGGGUCCCAGUACGGGGCCGUGCCGCCGGACAUGGGCCCCUUCUCGCCGCCGCCGGCUUCCGGCCCCAUGCCGCUGAGCAGCAGGCCCCCUCCGGCGACGCAGCCGCAGCAGCCGAGGGCGAGCUACGAAGAACUGGCCGCGGUGUCGUCCGGGGCCGGUGCCGGCGGCUUCGACGACGAGAUGCUGGGCGGCGGCGGCGGCGGCGGGUCGUCGGGGGCGUCCAGCAACCGGUGGCCGCGGGAGGAGACGCAGGCGCUCAUCAGGAUCCGGUCGGAGAUGGACGCCACCUUCCGCGACGCCACGCUCAAGGGCCCCCUGUGGGAGGACGUCUCCAGGAAGCUUGCGGAUUUGGGCUACAAGAGGAGCGCCAAGAAGUGCAAGGAGAAGUUUGAGAACGUGCACAAGUACUACAAGCGCACCAAGGAAGGCCGCGCCGGGAGGCAGGACGGCAAGAGCUACCGCUUCUUCGACGAGCUGGAGGCGCUGCAUGCGGCCGCGCCGCAGCCGCAGCAACAGCCACCGCACCACCAGUUGCCUCCAGCAAGCACCGCCCCGCCGCUCCACGCCUUCGCGGCGCCAGUAUCCGCACCGCAGCCGAUGAGUUCAAUGCCGCCACCGCCGCCGGGGCCGAUGCAGCCGGCGCCAAUAUCUUCGGCGGCCCCGGCUCCGGCUCCGGGGCCGGUGCCCGUGGAGAUGCCCUCGGCCGCCCAUCAGCCCCUCAACCUGCCAGGUUUCAGCUUCUCGUCCAUGUCGGAGUCGGAGUCGGACGACGAGUCCGAGGACGACGACAUGACCGCGGAGACGGGCGGCAGCCGGGACCGCCUCGGCAAGCGGAAGCGCGGCGGCGGCGGCGGCAGCAAGAAGAUGAUGUCCUUCUUCGAGGGGCUUAUGCAGCAGGUCGUCGAGAGGCAGGAGGAGAUGCAGCGACGGUUCCUGGAGACCAUGGAGAAGCGGGAGGCCGAGCGCACGGCGCGGGAGGAGGCCUGGCGCAGGCAGGAGGUCGCCCGCCUCAACCGCGAGCAGGAGCAGCUUGCUCAGGAACGCGCCGCCGCAGCCUCCCGUGACGCCGCCAUCAUAGCCUUCCUCCAGCGCAUCGGCGGGCAGUCCGUGCAGCCGCCUCCCGCCGUCGUCGUCCCAAUGUCAGUCCAGACUCCGCAACCGCCGAAGCAACCUCCUCGACAGCAGCACCCACCUCCGCCGUCGCCGCAGGCCACGACACCGCAGUCGAAGCCAAUCUCAGCCGCGCCUCUCCAGCAGCAGCCGAAGGAAACGCCACACCGGGAAGUUGCCACGCCGCGCAGCGCGCCCCCGACCUCUAGCGCGUCACUGGAGCUGGUGCCCGUCACGGAGCAGCACGUCGAUUCCGGUCUUGGAGGUGGAGACGGCGGGGCGGCGUCGUCCUCGCGGUGGCCGAAGACGGAGGUGCACGCGCUCAUCCAGCUGCGCAUGGAGUUGGACAUGCGCUACCAGGAGACGGGUCCCAAGGGCCCGCUCUGGGAGGAGAUUUCUUCCGGGAUGCGGCGGCUGGGAUACAACCGGAGCUCGAAGCGGUGCAAGGAGAAGUGGGAGAACAUCAACAAGUACUACAAGAAGGUGAAGGAGAGCAACAAGAAGCGGCCCGAGGACUCCAAGACCUGCCCAUACUUCCACCAGCUCGAGGCCAUCUACAACAGGAAGCACCUCCGCAGCGUCGCAGCCGCCGCCGCGUCCAAUGUCGUCAUCGCCCCCGCCGCUCCUCCCGCCCUCCCUGAGCAGCCGAACCCGAGCCGGCACGAGAUUGAGGGGAAGAACAUCAACGACGACAAGAGGAACAACGGAGGAUCAGGCGGAGGCGCGCCGCAGGUGCCGGCCAGCAAUGGCGAGAAAGCGCCGACGACGCCGGCCGCGUUCGACGCUGACAGCGGCAUGAAGAAGCCAGAAGACAUCGUCAGGGAGCUGAACGAGCAUCCGCCCCGGGAGUUGACGACGGACGAGACGGACAGCGACGAAAUGGGCGACGAGUACACCGACGACGGCGAGGAGGGCGAGGACGACGGCAAAUUGCAGUACAGGAUACAGUUCCAGAGGCCCACGAACCCGGGCGGCACCAACAGCGCGCCAGCACCGGCAUCGACGGCGGCGGCCGCACCCGCGGUGCCGACCUCGGCUCCGGCGAGCACCUUCCUCGCCAUGGUUCAAUAGGCAGGAGCGCGCGCGCGUGGCCGGCACCUCCAUGAACCGUACGUAUAUGCUUUUCAAACAAAAAACCUGCAAGCAUCGCCAUGAGCGUCACCUCCUCCUCCACACCAGUCCACCAAAGCACCAUCAGUCCAUCAACCAACUACACCACGGUUCUUGUUCAUCCUGUAAUUCUCCUCCUCCCCGUGCCAUUCCAUUAUUUAUUGAUUUGUUUCGGGUAAUUAAUAAGAGCCCCAUCCUGACGGCCCCUUAACCGGAGGACGCAGCGUGGGGCUGCGGUGGUAGAGCAAACAGCGAGAGUCAGUUCCGAUCCCUCAGUAACUUAUUUAUAGGUCAUCGUCGAUCGUGUUAAACAGAAAUUGUAAAUCGAUGUAACAGUCAGUCCCUGAUGUUUUUCCUUUUUCCUUUUUACCCCCCUUCCCGAUGACGGCAGUAUACAAGUUUGUAUACGGGUAUACAAGAAUUACAUACAGUUCAAGCAACUUGCGCUUGCAGAGGUGAGGUGUUUUUGCCGUGGGGGCUUUACCUUUUGUCUUUUUUUCUUCUUUUACAGUGGAUAUAAAUCUUGUUACCUGUUACAGUGUACAUGCAUGGUGCUGUUAUUCUAGUAUUCUGCCCUUUUGCAAAUAUUGAGCGAUUCUUCUUUUUAAA